AUUGCUAUUUGCUUCUUCAAACUGUUACAUUUUUAUCAGGGUCAAGAGUAAAAUAUUGCAAUGUAUUAUCUUAGAUAAUAUAUUUACAUAUAUUUUAGUGCCAGCAUUUUUCACCAUAAAGAAGCUUCUAGUGCGUUGAUAUUAAAAAGCGGUGAAAAAUAUUGUUGAAAUGUUUCACAGACACAUUUUAAAAACUUUCACCAAUCCCCGUUCCAUUUAUUUAUUAAAAAACAGUGGUGCUCCUGUUUUUGGGAAUUACAAAUGUUUUAUACCGUUAUCGACUACAAAACCAUGUUUAAAGGAGGAUAAAGUUAAGGUAACAUUCCAUCUCUAUGACGGAAGAACAUUGCAAGCAGAGGGUAAGGUGGGAGACACUCUCCUCGAUGUGGUGGUCAACAACGACCUGGACAUAGACGGGUAUGGUGCAUGCGAGGGCACCGUCACAUGCUCAACAUGUCAUGUUGUAUUGAAGAAAGAAGACUAUGACAGAAUACCAGACGAAGUGACUGAUGAAGAGAGAGACAUGUUGGACUUAGCGUACGGUCUGACAGACACCUCACGACUCGGAUGUCAGAUUACUCUCACCAAGGAAAUGGAUGGAUUAGAAAUCAAAGUCCCAGAGAGUGUGCAUGAUGCAAGAAGUUGACAAACUGCAAUAUGAACUAAAAUUAGAUAAA